UUCUGCUCUCUUUCUUCAUUCCUCGUUUUGUUGGAGGCACAUCGCUAAUCUACUCCACUCUUGUCCAAUUUUUCUUUUAAUCGAUUUUCACACCAGUGUUUUAAUGUCACGUCGGGAAAGACGCUUACCAAAAUGGAGAUAUCACAUACAUUAAGUUGGGACCUUGUCCUGAUUUUGGCAGCGGCACUUACGUCACCUGCAAUCACGGUGCUGUGUAAUGACAUCCUGGGUCUGAAGGUGGCAGGAGAUCCAGUGCUGACCCCUACCUCUGUCUGCCUGCGGCUGGCGGGCCUGAGCAAGCGUCAGAUGCGUCUGUGUGUUCGGAGCCCUGACGUGACGGCUUCAGCCCUGCAGGGCAUGCAGGUGGCCAUCCACGAGUGCCAGCACCAGCUCAGAGAUCAACGGUGGAACUGUUCAGCCCUGGAGAGCCUCAACAAGCUGCCCCACCAGAGCGCAAUCCUCAACAGGGGCUUCAGGGAGACUGCUUUCUCUCUGUCCCUGUUGGCAGCGGGUGUGGCACACUCCGUGGCUUCUGCCUGCAGCUUGGGCAAGCUCCGUGACUGCGGCUGCGAGGCCAAGCGUCGCCUGGACGAUGACAAGAUCCGUCUCAAACUCACCCAACUGCAGCUGCAGACCCUACAGAGAGGCGGGGCCAGAGCGGUCAUGGGAGGGGACGGGGGAGGAGGCCCCCCCGCCCCCCAGGAUUUCAGAGAUGUGCCAGCCAGCCAGCGUUCUGGUUCUAUCCACCCCACCUCCCUCCUCAAUCCCCUGCCAGAGGACUUCAGCCCCCAGCAGGAAACCUGGGAGUGGGGGGGCUGUAGCCAUGACACCCGCUUCGGUGAGAGAUUCUCCAGGGAUUGGUUGGACUCCCGGGGGACUCCGAGGGAUAUCCACGCCCGCAUGAGGAUCCACAACAACAGGGUGGGCCGACAGCUUGUGACUGACAACAUGAAGCGGAGGUGUAAGUGCCACGGCACGUCAGGCAGCUGCCAGUUCAAGACCUGCUGGUACGUGUCUCCUGAGUUCAGGCUGCUGGGUUCUCUGCUGAGGGAUAAGUUCCUCACCGCCAUCUUCAUCAACUCCCAGAACAAGAACAACGGGGUGUUCAACCCCCGGGUCGCAGCUGGCAAUGGAGCCUUGAAUGGGGUUAGGAACGGGGCCGGAGUAGGAUCCAGAUCUGGGUCUGGGGGCGUGGGUAGCCCAAACAAUGUGGGUCGGCGAAGGCCGAGUGUGUCACGGGAGCUGGUCUACUUUGAGAAGUCUCCAGACUUCUGUGAGCGGGAGCCGUCCCUGGACUCCCUGGGCACCCAGGGACGGAUCUGCAACAAGACCAGCCACAGCAUGGACAGCUGCGGGUCCCUGUGCUGCGGGAGAGGGCACAAUAUCCUGAAGCAGACACGUAGUGAGAGGUGCCACUGCCGCUUCCACUGGUGCUGCUACGUGCUCUGUGAGGAGUGUCGAGUCACUGAGUGGGUCAACGUCUCCCUUUCAGCCAUGAUAAUCAGAAUGCCCUGGACCCCAUCUGCUGUUCUGUUCUGCGCUCCCCUGGUCUCUGUUCAGAAACAAAGAACACUCAAACAGCAGUAAGGCAUUAUUAUUUCAACUAACGAAUGCCUAGGCUACUAUUACAGUGUACAGUUUUUGUGUAUAUGAAAAAUGUAUAUUAUUUUGGUGUGUGAAUUUAUUUAGACUCCGUUGCUUGGCAUCUGCUGUGUGGCACCAGUUUAUGAGAGGAACAUAUGAGACCCAAUGACUGAGUGUUUCUCUGCUCAGGAUGGUGAAAUUGAGCUGAAGUCGUAAUAGUCAACAAAGCCUGAACACAACAGUUGGAUGCUGGAAAACAGAUAAGUCAUGUCACGAGUUCUGAUAUGGAAUGUGGGAAUAAACUCCAGAGGACGAUUAUACUCAUUGAAUAUUUUGCACCUGCACCUCAAGACUAAUCGGUUUCAAUUCUUUAAUUCCGAUUCUUCAUUGCAUGAACCAGGAGGAACUAAGGAAACAGAACUAAAGAGAACCAGGCAUGAUGGUUCCUCAACGUGUUUCUACUACCAACGGAAACAGAACUAAAGAGAACCAGGCAUGAUGGUUCCUCAACGUGUUUCUACUACCAACGGAAACAGAACUAAAGAGAACCAGGCAUGAUGGUUCCUCAACGUGUUUCUACUACCAACGGAAACAGAACUAAAGAGAACCAGGCAUGAUGGUUCCUCAACGUGUUUCUACUACCAACGGAAUCAGAACCAGAGAGAACCAGGCAUGAUGGUUCCUCAACGUGUUUCUACUACCAACGGAAUCAGAACCAGAGAGAACCAGGCAUGAUGGUUCCUCAACGUGUUUCUACUACCAACGGAAUCAGAACCAGAGAGAACCAGGCAUGAUGGUUCCUCAACGUGUUUCUACUACCAACGGAAUCAGAACCAGAGAGAACCAGGCAUGAUGGUUGCUCAACGUGUUUCUACUACCAACGGAAUCAGAACCAGAGAGAACCAGGCAUGAUGGUUCCUCAACGUGUUUCUACUACCAACGGAAUCAGAACCACAAGUCAUCUAGUGGGGACAGUUUUUUUGUGUCUAUGGAUUUUCUUGGAGAAGGAAACUCAUGUCUGGCUCUUGGUUGAGGGAUGUUUUUGACCUCUCGCCAUACUGAACUACAGGUCAUUUAGUGAAUACUGCACCUAGAACUGUACCACUCAUAACCAGGAAAUGACCACACACACUGUGUUAUUGCUGUUUCUUUUGUUUUGUGAUUAUGUUUUAUUUAGUGAAUCAAUAUAAUUAUUAUGUCUCAAAUAUGCCUCUACUUAUUGUUGCCGGACCGAAAUUGUCUCAUUCCAUUGUGAGAACAGCGGUGAUUAUAGGUCUCUGCAUUUCUGAUAAGUUUCAAUGCUAUGAAAUGUGUGGGAAGUAGUAUAUGAGUGCCCACUUCGAGAGAAAGGUAGAGAAUUGGCACACAUGGAUUGAGUAUAUCAAACCCAGGCAAGGCAUGCUCCAUUCCCAUGACCUGGAUUAGGGAGCUGAUGGUGAGGUGGGGUGAGGUGUGGGAGGGUUGGAGGUUUUGGGCAUAACCCACUUGGAACAACUGGUUGAAUUAACAUUGUUUCAACGUAAUUUGUCAAUAUAUUGUGACGUGGAAUCUAUGUGGAAAAAACAUUUUAUUUGAAAAAAGUAAAAAAUAUUUUUUUUCUAUUAAAUAGGCACAUUCUCCUCCUCUCCCCCGCAACUCUUCCCCACAACUCUUCCCCAGGUCCUUAGUGUACAAGAGAAAGUAGUGCACUAUGUUUUCUGCCAAUAUGCCUGGUAAAAUAAUGGUUAAUAAACGACUCUAAGGUGGGCCCUAUAAAAUG